AUGAAGUCAUACAAACUAACUAAUCUGUAUGAACAGACAUUUGGUGUUACAUUCGAAGCUCACGACGCAUUACAUGAUGCAAAGGCUUUACAGGAUAUUAUCAAAAGUCGAAGCAUAGCGUUCAAAGAAAUGGACAGCUAUAUUUUGGCUGCAACUGAAGCAGUAAACUACUUGUUGAAUAAGCGCCGGUCACGUGCUUGUGCUGCUGAAAUGGAGAACAAAUUAUGUAAAAAUGAAAAAGUUAUUACAUGUUCUAUGGCAAAAAAAUUCUCUGAAAGUGGACUUUCUUACGACCAUUUAAAAAGGGCGUACUUACGUGAUCCCGACAAUGGAAUAAAAUUGUUGCUUUCAGAACAAGUCAACGGGAAACUGAGAGUAACAAACAGAACGGCCAUAAUCAAGUCUAUAAAAUCGCACUUCGACACUGUCCAUUCACAGCUACUUAGCUAG